CUGCAGUCAUGGACUGUGCGGCUGAUCCCGGCAGAGGUUCGAGUCCCCCCUCGGGCGUGGGUUUCUACAAAGACUGGAGAAGGCUAUGAACAUCAUGGUGCUUAUACAGCUUUCCUUCUCAAUGCUCAAUCUUUGUAUGGCAUUGUACCAGCAGACUAAAAUUCCGGAUUUGUCUUCAGCACUAAAAUACAUACUUUAUCUACCGUUCCCUACAAUGAAAAUCUUUUUCUACUGUUGGGCCGCUCACAAUGUAAAGGAACAGGGUGAGGAGGUCUCUUGGGCUGCCUAUAGAUGUGCUUGGCCUGAUAAUAAUAAGGAUUUUAGGAAGAACUUGGCAAUUACUAUGUGCAGAGCGCAGAGACCGUUGCUCCUGACUGCGGGGCAGAUCUAUCCAAUCAAUAAGAAUGCAUUUGUCUCGCUGCUGAAGGCAUCAUAUUCAUACUACACAUUGCUGCGACAGUUUGAAGACAAAUGAAUUCAAUCAUAAGGUCAACAAGGUUGAAGAGUUGUUUCCUGAAUUAUCAUUCACACGUAAGGAAUGGCAAACAAAGCAGAAAGAAAACUCAACACUGAUUAUAUUAAUAUAAAAUCCAAAACAAUGCUUUUAUAAUUACCAUCAUUGUUUUCAUGUAG